UCAUCUCUACGCUGAAACAGGGAGAAGAAGACAACAUUUCAUUGACAAAAGAUAUCAAGCAUCUUCAUAUCCUGAACAAAAAUUGACAACAUGCUUUCAACUUUACAGAGAUCCACCAGAUACGUGUCUGCUAUUUCUGCUGCUCGAGGACUCCAUAAGUCUGCACUAGAUGUUGCGGAGCGUCCUGCCCCUGAGGAAACAGUGACCAGCAGUUUUGGCAGGUUCAUUCAGAGCGUCCAGCCAAGGCAUCUGUCACCAACUGUGUUGCAGCGCAGCAAACGCAUGGUUUUGGACAGCAUCGGCGUUGGGCUUUUGGGAAGCACCACCGAUGUGUUUGAACUGGCCCUUCAGCACUGCCAGCACAUGUACGCUCCUGAUGAUGUCAGCUUCGUCUACGGCCGCCAAGGCAUGAAGCUCUCUCCAACCCUCGCAGCUUUUGUCAAUGGAGUAGCAGCUCAUUCAAUGGACUUUGACGACACUUGGCAUCCCGCGACCCACCCCUCUGGAGCAGUACUGCCUGCCCUUCUGGCAAUAAGCGACAUGUUGCACAACAACAGCAAACCAAGUGGGCUUGACUUCCUAACCGCCUUCAAUGUGGGCAUCGAAAUCCAAGGCCGACUGAUGAGAUUCUCAAACGAGGCUCAAAACAUCCCGAAGAGGUUCCAUCCUCCCAGUGUGGUGGGCACUUUGGGCAGUGCAGCUGCUUGUGCUCGCCUCCUGUCUCUGGAUCGCAGUCAGUGCAGUAAUGCGUUGGCCAUCGCUGCAUCUUUGGCAGGUGCCCCAAUGGCUAAUGCUGCAACGCAAUCCAAACCUCUUCACAUCGGUAACGCCUCGCGCCUAGGUCUCGAAGCAGCCCUGCUGGCGUCUCGUGGGUUGGAAGCGAGUCCUCUAGUCUUGGAUGCAGUACCCGGUGUAGCCGGGUUCAGUGCUUUCUACGAAGACUAUGCCCCACACCCCAUCAGUUCCCUAGAGGAAGAUGAGCACAGCUUCCUCAUCGAAACGCAAGACAUUGCUUUCAAGCGCUUUCCUGCACACCUCGGAAUGCACUGGAUCGCCGAUGCCACCGCUGUCGUGCACAAGACCCUGGUCGGCCUGAAAGGAGGCAGCAUUUCUCCAAACCUGGUGCAGGAUAUCCUGCUUAGGGUGCCACUGUCCAAGUACAUCAACCGUCCAUUCCCGGAGACGGAGCACCAGGCACGCCACUCCUUCCAGUUCAACGCCUGCACCGCCCUGCUGGAUGGAGAAGUCACGGUGCAGUCCUUCCAGCCGGAGGCCCUCCUGCGGCCCGAGCUUCACGCGCUCCUCUCCCGCGUCCGUCUGGAGCACCCCCACGACAACACGGCCAAUUUCAACAUCAUGUAUGGUGAGGUGGAGGUUACCUUGGUAAGUGGAGACGUCCUCCGAGGGCGCUGUGACACUUUCUACGGUCACUGGAGGAACCCACUUAGCCAAGAAAGCCUUCAGAAGAAGUUCCGUAGCAAUGCAGGCGCAGUUCUGUCCAACGAGAGGGUGGAGAGGCUGAUCGAAGCUGUCGAAGGGCUGGACCAUUUAGAUGACUGUAAACCAGUACUGGCUCAACUGCAGUAAACAGCAUGGUGCUUAUGACAUCAAUAAUGUAAAAUUAAUCUUGAUUUUUUUUGGGAAACACAACUACUUGUAGGAUUAAUUUAAACAGAAGCACUACUCAAACAAGUUACAGUCUGUCUCUCUCUCUCGAUGUAUAUACUGUAGAGUUACUGUACUGAACUGUCUCAUUUCCUGCUGUGU